GACAACGGUAUUUGCAACCUAUUUUGGUCCUUUAUGCGAUCGAAACCCUACAGGCGGUCGUUGUAACUAGCAAGGAUAUUCCCAUGUCGGCAAUCCACAAAACAAGUGAAUCGACAUAUAUUUUCCUAGAUAUCAAAGACAACACUCUAGAUGACAUUGACAAGGCUUCACAUGCGGAUAUUCGACUCGAUUCUGAUUUAGAUAGCCCGCGCUACGGGCUUGGGGCUCUCGAGAAACUUCCUCUAGAAAUUGUCCACCUGGCGCUCGUCCGCCUUGACGUGCGGUCGCUGACUGUUUUCGGACGCGUCAACAAGAGAGCAAGGCUGGUAACGAACUCGAUUCCUCAGUUUAGACGCAUCCUCGUUCACGCACCCGCGUUGAUUCGCGGGAGCCUCAACAUAGAAUCUGCGCGGUUCUUUUCAUGCCAGGACCUAUAUAGGAAACUAUCUACGGCUGAGUGCGACAGUUGUGGCGACUUCGGCGGAUACCUAUACCUGGUCACGUGUCGUCGCGUUUGUUUCCUAUGCUUUACUGCGAGGGCCGACUACCUUCCCCUAUCACGGAAGGAUGUAACACGCAAACUUGGACUUGACUCCAAACAUAUAGUGCUUCUGCCUCACAUGAAGAGCUUCCCUGGCCGUUAUUCGCCUAGAGCGAUCAAAUGCCGACGACGGGAAACCCUAUUCGACUAUUCUGCUGCACGACAAGCUGGAAUAGCCAUCCACGGCACGGUUGAAUCCAUGGAAAAAUACGCUUUAGAAAUGAUAUCCAAAAAACUGGAGAAUUACAAUUUGAAAUUAUCUGGUAGCAGGACAGGUGGAGCGCAUCUGCGGCCUCCCAGAUACGAAGACCUUUUCGAUGGACACUGUUCUAACCCCAGGCGCUUCAUGGGCAUCAUACGUGCUCCGUACUUUGACAGCCAACUGCCAUCCCCCGAAUGGGGCCUUCAUUGCAUUGCUUGCAAAUCGCAUCAUUAUCGUCGACCAAUACAUUGGCGACGGAAGUAUACCAUAAGUGGGUUCCAGGACCAUGUGAGAGAAUGUGGAGAAAUAAAAGACGGGCAACAUGUCCCCUCAAUAAAUGUAGAAGCGGUGUGAUCUGAAGAAUUUAUGAUCAAAUCGUAUGCAUUUCAGGAGACAAUGUAUAAUAACUGCCAGCAGAUCAGAAUCUAUAUAUCGG